AUGACAACUACAGUUGGAAGCUAUCUCGCUACAAGGUUCUCACAAGUAGGUAUCGAGAAUCACUUUGUGGUCGCCGGUGAUUACAAUUUGUCUUUAUUGGAUAAGUUACAAGAGCAUCCUGAGCUGGAGGAGGUUAACUGCUGCAACGAAUUGAACUGCUCUUUUGCUGCAGAGGGUUACGCAAGAUCGAAAGGUGUCGCAGCCGUCGUUGUGACAUUUAACGUUGGCGCAUUCUCCGCCUUUAAUGGAAUUGGUAGUUCGUACGCUGAAAACCUCCCAGUCAUCUUGGUGGUGGGAUCCCCAAAUACCAACGAGUCCAUCGACCACAAUCUUAUUCACCAUACCAUUGGUACUCAUAACCUUGAUUACGAGUUUGAAAUGGCCAAAAAAAUCACUUGUGCUGCUGUGCAAAUUAAGCAUGCACAAGAUGCACCAAGAUUGAUCGAUUACGCCAUCAGAAAAUGUUUAACUAGGAAAAAGCCAUGUUACAUUGAGAUUCCCACCAACAUGGCCACGCAGGCUUGCCCCGCACCAGGCCCACUAGAAGGACUGUUAUAUCAAUUACCGAGCGAGCCAAAUACUCUUUCCAAAGCUGUCGAUGCAGCUGCCAAGCUGAUAGAAAGCCGUUCGAAACCUACCAUGUUGGCAGGUUCAAGAUUGAAAUCAGCCGGAGCUGAAGAGUCCUUUUUGACACUAGCUGAAACAUUGGGAUGUGCAGUUGCCGUAAUGCCGGCAGCAAAAUCUCUUUUCCCAGAGGACCAUCCUCAAUACGUCGGUGUUUAUUGGGGAAACGUCAGCACAAAAAAGGCCGAUGCCAUCUUGCAGUGGUCCGAUUUAACGAUUUGUGCUGGUUGCGUUUUCACAGACUACAGCACUGCAGGUUGGACUUCUCCUCAACCUGCAGCUCAUCGGCUCGAAGCAGAUUCUGAUGAGGUCAAGUUUUCAGGUCACUAUUAUGGUCAUAUCAAGCUUGCUGACUUUUUGGAUGCAUUGACCAAGAAAGUUAAGAAAAACGACAAAAGCUUGAUUGAAUACCGUCGUCUGCGUCCACCACCCCCGCUAGUAGAAGCUGCAGAUCCGUCCGCUCCUCUGACAAGGCAAGAAAUGACACGCCAGAUUCAAGGACUCUUUAACUCCAACACCACUUUUUUUGCAGAAACUGGUGACUCUUGGUUUAACGGCAUUCAAAUGGAUCUUCCUAGAGGAGCAAAAUUCGAGGCUGAAAUGCAGUGGGGUCACAUCGGCUGGUCUAUCCCCGCUUGUUUCGGAUACUCAGUUGGUGCACCAGACAGACAGAUAGUAACCAUGGUAGGAGAUGGUUCUUUCCAAGUGACAGUCCAGGAGGUUGCCCAAAUGGUCAGAUUGAAGAAACCAAUUUUGAUUUUCUUGAUCAAUAAUUAUGGCUAUACCAUCGAGGUGGAAAUUCAUGAUGGGCCAUACAACGAUAUCAAAAACUGGAAUUAUGCCGCUCUAAUCGAAGCUUUCAACGCAGAUGAUGGACAUGGGAAGGGAUAUCAGGUGAAAACCGGUGCGGAACUAGCAGAGGCUAUUGAAAAGUCCAAAACUAACAAUAAAGGUCCCACAUUGAUUGAAAUCCAAAUUCAUAGAGAUGACUGCACCACUGAGCUAGUUACUUGGGGUCAAUAUGUGGCACUAGCUAAUGACCGACCUCCCAUCAGCUAA